AACGAGUCAACUCUUCAAAAGACAGGCAACUAGUUUCUAAACGGCGUGUGAGCUAGAUUUCCUUCCACCCCGCAACAAUGGCAGCCUCCAAUACCAAUGUGAUACGGGUGCGAUUGUAUUUUGAUUACCCGCCGCCCUCGGUAUCCGACUGUCGCAUGUGCUGGGUGCUCGUUGAUCUGAACAAAUGCCGGGUGGUAGCAGACAUAGCCAGCGUAAUCAGGGAAAAGUUCGACUUCAGUCGCAGGAGCAUUUUGAGUCUGUUCAUUGAAGACUGCUACCUGCCGCAUACAGAGAGCAUCUACGUAGUCCGAGACAACGACAGCAUCAGAGUGAAGGUGGACACCCUAACCCUUUCGAAUGGAAGUCAGUCCAAGAAGCGGAGGAGAGAUGCCGAGAAGGAGGAGCCCACACAGAACCGAGUGAGUGAAGGGUGGAAGAAAAAGAAGAAGAAGAGAAAGAACGAGGAGGGUGAGGAGGCCGAUUCCAACCAGGCUGCGGUUGAAGAGAAGAGGAAAGAAGACAAGAAGAAACAGAAGAAGAAAAAGAAGGAUAAGAAGGUGGAGACCAAAACCACUGCCUCGUCCACAGGACCCUCUCCCACCUCGUCCACAGGACCCUCUCCCACCUCGUCCACAGGACCCUCUCCCACUGUAGUCAAAUCAGACAAAAACACCAAGAAGGCUCCAGCGGCCACAGCAGUAUCUGUUAACGGUAAAGCCACAGCAAAGACCCCGAAUGGGGAAACGGACGACUCUUCUGAUUCCAGUGAAAGCAGUAGUGAGGAGGAGGCCCCCAGUAAAACUCCCAUGCAGAAACUACCCCCCAAAUCACACUCUGCUAGCUCUACACCCCCUGUCACAUCUAAAGCCACCCCUGUAGUUAAACCCCCAGCCCCCAAUAAGAAACCACGCCCCCCUCCCUCAUCAUCUGAUUCAGACUCCUCAGACUCAUCGGGUGACGAUGCCUCUAGCAAAGCCACCACAGGCCAACCUCCCGUUAAAAACCAGACUCCUCUAUCCAAGCCUGCUGCCACUCCUCCUACCACCAUUCCCACAGGCUCCGGAGCUGGUCCUAGGGACAAAACCACCCCCUCCAAGCCCAGGCCCAGCCUUCCUUCCUCAGGUCCCAGGACCUCUGUAUCCCCUGGCCAGAGAGCUAAUGCUCCAGGGCCAGGCUCUACCCCGGCAGUGCAGAAGGCCCAGAGGAGACCUGAGAGCCCAGGCUCUAGUAGUAGCAGUGAGGAGGAGAUCCAGCUGGUUAUCAAACAACCGAGCCUGGGGAUGGGGAUAGUCCCUGCCAUGGCAGCAGAACCCACCUGGAGAGGCCGAGGCAGGGGAAGCCCUAGGGGUCCAGAGAGAGGUGGGGGUAGAGGGGAUGGAGGCCAGCGUUGGGGUGGUGGGGGUAGAGGUGGGGAGUGGGACAGGGGUCCUCGUGGUGGGGGUAGAGGUGGGGAGUGGGACAGGGGUCCUCGUGGUGGGGGUAGAGGUGGGGAGUGGGACAGGGAUCCUCGUGGUGGGGGUAGAGGUGGGGAGUGGGACAGGGGUCCUCGUGGUGGGGGUAGAGGUGGGGAGGGGGACAGGGGUCCUCGUGGUGGGGGUAGAGGUGGGGAGGGGGACAGGGGUCCUCGUGGUGGGGGUAGAGGAGGGAGAGGAGAUAAUGCAGGGUUUUAUUUCAACUAUGAAGGUGAACAGCAGACUCAUCAGCAGCCACCAUCGUACCAGAAGGACUCCCUGAUUAACAGCUCUGUGGUGUUCCAGAACCCAUCAGAGAGUGUCCCCAAGAGGGACUACAGUGAGAUGCCCCUCCUAGCUGCUCCCCCUCAGGACGGACAGAAGAUCGCCUUCAAGCUGCUGGAGCUGACAGAGAACUACACACCAGAGGUGUCUGAGUAUAAAGAGGGGAAAAUCAUUCAUUUUGACCACAGCACCAAACAGAUUGAGCUAGAACUGCUCUCUGCUUAUCAAGCCCCGGUAGAGCCAGGGAAGUUUGACCUGGUGUAUCAGAACGCUGACGGAUCAGAGAGUGUGGAGUACGCCGUGUCCCGUGGCUCCAGGGUGACUGAACGUUGGGACUCGCUGCUGGAACCCAGGCUAGUUGUUGGGAAUUUGAGCUGAGGAACAAGAUGGACGUUCUUGGUCGACUUGGCCCAGGCAGUUCUAAAACACUGGCCCGUUCCCCAGUAUUGGCCAAAUUAUAAUAAUUCUGCACACAACCCCAAUUUAGACUCGGCUAAAGAUGGACCAGCCCAAAUCUGGCAUUUGCCGGAUCUGCCCCAUGGCCAUUCCGUUUCUGGUUGGGAGAAUGGACUGGGGCUUGUUCUGACACCCCCAUAGACGGUUUACCCUGGACCCAGAUGAAGCGGGAGAUGUUCCAUUGAGCAUGAUUAUUUUUAGUUCAGGAGUAGAGCCUUAAUCUGGGAAACCAGCCUUAAUGUCACCAUGUGGUUGAGUCUACAGUCUCUGAUGAAGAGCUGUAUACUGGUAUUUUACCUUACCAAACCCCUUAUCCCAGCCUUACCCCUUUAUUACCCUGCUCCUCCCUACACUGGGGGAUUCAGCCUUAGGGCAGGCUUUUGUUCCAGCACAACAACACAAAUCUGGUCAAUUCCUCUUCAAGUCAAUUUUCAGAUAUUAACUAAUUCAGGAUGUUUUUUAUGAAGAUUUGUUCAAUUCAAUGGUUUUGAGUUUCAGUUUAUUUCCUCAGACAAGAGUUCAAAUGAAAUUGACCAGAACCGUGGAUUCAGCUAAUCAAAGUCUGGAUUAAAGCUAUUGAUUAGUUUUAGUUAUGGGUGUGAUGAGCACCAUUUUAAUGACCCACUCAAACCUAAUGUUGUAUUGUGGAAGGGAAUACAAAUGGAUAUAACUGUGAAUGUCCCAUCUUGAUUUUUUUAAACUUGUUUGUAAGAUAAUAAAGUUUGAUAUCCUA